CUGCACCCACGUGUGGCGGAGUUAUAUGCUCCUAGCGGGCAGAGGAGCUGGGGAGUGUGGAACCAGCUGGCUCAGGAAGAAAAGCGGCACCAUGGCCAGCAAGAAAGUCUGCAUUGUCGGCUCCGGCAACUGGGGCUCAGCGAUCGCCAAGAUUGUGGGUGGCAAUGCAGCCCAGCUGGCACGCUUUGACCCACGGGUGACCAUGUGGGUGUUUGAGGAAGACAUCGGGGGCAGAAAGCUGACAGAGAUCAUCAACACACAGCAUGAAAAUGUCAAAUACCUGCCAGGGCACAAGCUUCCCCCCAACGUGGUGGCUGUCCCAGAUGUGGUCCAGGCUGCAGUGGAUGCUGACAUCCUGAUCUUUGUGGUGCCCCAUCAGUUCAUCAGCAAGAUCUGUGAUCAGCUCAAGGGCCAUCUGAAGGCAAACGCCACUGGGAUAUCUCUUAUUAAGGGUGUAGAUGAGGGCCCCAAUGGGCUGAAGCUCAUCUCUGAAGUGAUCGGGGAGCGGCUCGGCAUCCCCAUGAGUGUGCUGAUGGGGGCCAACAUUGCCAGCGAGGUGGCUGAUGAGAAGUUCUGUGAGACAACUAUUGGCUGCAAGGACAACGCCCAGGGACAGCUUCUGAAAGAACUGAUGCAGACACCUAAUUUCCGCAUCACAGUGGUGCAAGAGGUGGACACAGUAGAGAUCUGUGGGGCCUUAAAGAAUGUAGUGGCCGUGGGGGCUGGCUUCUGCGAUGGGCUGGGCUUCGGCGACAACACCAAGGCAGCGGUGAUCCGGCUGGGGCUUAUGGAGAUGAUCGCCUUUGCCAAAAUCUUCUGUAAGGGUCCUGUGUCCCCUGCCACCUUCUUGGAGAGCUGCGGUGUUGCUGACCUCAUCACUACCUGCUACGGAGGGCGGAACCGAAAGGUGGCUGAGGCCUUUGCCCGGACAGGAAAGUCCAUUGAGCAACUGGAGAAAGAGAUGCUGAAUGGGCAGAAGCUGCAGGGGCCCCAGACAGCCCGGGAGCUGCACAGCAUCCUCCAACAAAAGGGCCUGGUGGAUAAGUUCCCUCUGUUCAUGGCUGUGUACAGGGUAUGCUACGAGAGCCAGCCAGUGGGUGAAUUCAUCCGCUGCCUGCAGAAUCAUCCAGAACAUAUGUGAGCAGCGCUAUGGCCCAGGCCAGGCAGUUUCUUUACCCCGGCGGAGACAGGCAGAAGCUUGGGUACCUGGCACCAGGAUCUCUGGGUCUCCCCACAGAGCAGCCUCUUCUCAGCUCUUCCCUGGAGGACAGGGGGCUGUGGGGCCCUACGACCUGUCUGGAAAUCCUAAACCACGAAGCAGCCUGCAGCCUCUUGCCACAUCUCACCAGGAAUCGAGAUGCCUGUCCCUCUCCAAACAUGGGGCUUUCUCCCUGUCCUCUGGGAAGCCCCCGUGCUGUCUGCUUUGGGCAUGUGUGGUGGGGUGGAGGGUGGAGGGGUAGCGAGGUAAGGCAAGGCAAUGGCUACCCACUGCUGCAUCACAUAGAACAGGAAUCCUGUUCCCAAGCCCGGCUGAGUGGCUAAAGAAUUAUCUCAGCUACAAGAGGGAUGAGACAAGGCCUGUCAGGGAGGGGUUUGAGAUUUUGAGCUGACAUACGGACUCCUUUGCUCUGUCUGACCUCUGCCAGGCCCCACACAGCAUCAAUGGAUCUCAGUGUUUGUUAACAAAAUACAAAGAUCUCAACCCCCUUCUAGCUUCUCCUAGCAACAUCUGCGUCCUCAGAAACCUCUGGUCAUUCCCCUUCCCCUCCCCCAGGCUGCCCUGGCACCACAGUUACUGCCAUGCUGGCAUUUCUGGCCCUGGGGCUUGUCAUUCUCCCCAUGGACUUCCCGGUUCCUAAUUCUUUGCCAGCUCCUCCCCACUGUGUGUGACCUUUGCAAGCCUUCCCUCUCCCUCCCCACCAGCACCCUCUUUGGGGAGCAGGAACUUAAUCUGCUGACAGAGCUACACCUUUUCAUAGCAGGCUCAGAUCACUCUGCUCCCUGUGACCUUCGUAUCUGCCUUGCCCCUCUUCACAGGAGCUCUAGUGGCAGGGGAGGUUUCGGCUGGGUCCCUCCUCCUGCUGUCUCCCCAGAACAUCCUUGGCUCCACCCCCUUUCCUUCUCCCAAACCCUGUACAUAUUUCUCAGCUGCCUCCAGAGCGGCCAGGGCAGCUAACAAGCACCUGUAUCUAGAAGCCAGGGGGCUAGAGAGUGUCCCAAAGGCUGAGCAGGCGUAGGGAAGGGUGAGCAGAUCCCCAUGUUGCUGGGUCCUGAUGUUCCAAGGCCAGCUCUCUGUCAUCUGCCUUCUCACAAGGUAUAUAUGAGUACCCCCAAGAGCUAGGAGACUGAAGGAAGAGGAAAAACAAUUAAAACCACCCUAUCCCUUAGGGCAGAGAUUUUUAAACUUUUUCAUUUCACAGCACACAUAAACUAAUUACUAAAAUUCUGUAGCACACACAAAAUAUAUUUUUUACCAAGCUGACAAAAAAAAAAAUAGAUACAAUUUUCAUUCAUUCACACUGGACAGCUCUUGUUGUGUUGGCUGUUGUCAUUUUUUUUUUUUUUAAUUUGACAAUUUAAGAGAAAAGAAUGCCCGACUAAAGAGUCAGGUAUUGCAUGUUAUAAACAUUCUUGCAGCACAUCACACACCGGCUCAAAACUGCUGCCCUAGGGUAAGGGAAGAACAGAAAGGGGAGGAGGGAGAGGAGUGUGCUUUGCCUGGCUUAGCUCCAGGAUGGGAUGGCAGUGGGGAAUGUCACAGGUCAGCAGCCUAGCUAGGCUCCUGGCUAUAAAUAGGCUCUGAGCGCCUGAGAAACUCCUUCGGGUAGAGGAAAGGGUCUCAGCUUCCCGAGUGGCAGCACCUGGCACACUAUGGCCCUGGCCAGCAUGUUAACUCUCGCUUAUUCCCGGCCUGGUAACCAAGGGAGGCAGGCUCCUCUCAGCUUCUAGCCGUUGAGAACUCUCUUUCCAGUGAAGGGCAGGGCUGCCUGAAUCAGGUAGCAGGAGUGAGGCACACAGUCCCCCCAGAUCUGGCUGGACCCAGUCAGGGGCACUGACUGAAUAUAGGAGGUCAAAGUGGGGGCAGGAAGCCAGCUUUCUUCCCUCACCAGCAGCUGCGAUCUUGUUAGAUAGUCAAACAUAUCUUGUGUUUACCUACUGUUUGUUGCUCACUCCACAGUUAACUGAAUCGAAGGUCUUCGAAUCAGGCCUAUUUAUCUACCCAAUAAAGCGUGGUUUUACCAGAAA